GCAGGCGCCAGCCACCUGUCCACUACACUGUAGACGUCCUAGCAGAAAUAUUGUAGGGAUGAAGUCUCGUCCACCAACCUAUGAAGAAAUCUGCAACGUUUCUCGUGAGGCAGUGUCAAUAUAUACGGACCGUGGAUAUUCAUGCUGCCUCUUCGGAAGCACCGCAUGCGCAUUGUAUGGCACCACAAGACGACCUAACGACGUGGACCUCAUCGUCUUCUCAGACGAACCGAAUACAGAACGUCUGAAGACCGUGUUGUCCGAGGCGAACCCAUCGUUCUACCUCAUCGACUCCAAGGAUCCCACAGCGACGUACAAAGUUCUCUGGUGCAAACUUGCGCGCAUAACGGGCGAAGCUGAGCGCCGCUGCAAGGUCGACAUCCUCAUCCCGGGCGUGGUCACUACCUUGAACAUUCCGCCUGUCCCUCCAGAGCACAUCCAGACACGCGACGGGAUCCCGGUCCUCCCUAUAAUCUCGCUACUUCUCCUGAAGCUACAGGGCUGGGAUGACCAUCGUAACUCUCCUGAAGGACGCAUGCGCGCGAAACAAGGAUUGGACGUCAGGGACGUCCGAGAGCUCUUGACUAUCGCUCGCAGGACGCGCGCGCACCUCAGAAGCGACAACAUGAUGUGGUUGCCUUACGAGCAUAUACGGAAGGCACAGGAUCGUGUCUUCCAGUUUACCAUGCACUUCCCGAAGACGGAGCAAUUAUGGGAGCAUGUGGGGUUCGCGUGCUAUUCCGCUCUACGGAGUUCAUGACAAGGAGGAUCAGAAUGAACGACACUAGUACUCUUUACACAGACACGACGGACAGGAUCUGUGCUGUGUACUAGUCAUGACUACCCCUGUGCUGUUGUACAGCUGUCUCGGGCUCGCUCCCUGAUGUUAAGACGGGGGGAAAGGAAUUGUAGAUGCCGGUAUUGUAAUGCUCUCCACAUCGGCGUGUGCGAUGCGUCAUGUAUGUAGCUUGGGUUGAUACUCUGCAGUAGCUCCCGAGGGCCUCGGAUGCAAUCACACUCCAUAGUACACAUACAUCACAUAGCUUCCUUAUACUCCUCGUAGCGUGCCACUAGAGACCACUGCCUACACUUGCCUUCUGAAUCAGCUUGCAGACUCC